AUGAAGAGAAAUCUAAAUGAAAGUUCAACCCGAAGUACAGCAGGCUGUUUGCCUGUGCCGCUGUUCAAUCAGAAAAAAAGGAACAGACAGCCAUUAACUUCUAAUCCACUUCAGAAUGAUCCAGGUAUUGGUACUGUUUCUGACAGUUACGGUUCCCCUUCUUUACCAACAGAUUGGGCAUGGGAAGCUGUGAAUCCAGAAGUUGCUCCAUUAAAGAAAAUGAUGAAUACAGGGCAAAUACCAGCUUCUGCUUCCUAUCCCCUGAGAAGUCAAGAUUCUGUGUCUAAAUCUAUUCAAUCAAAUGCUGAAAGAAGCCAAAGUGCCUGGGGCUACAGAGGCAACAACAGAAACACUAGCUUGAGAACUUGGGAUAGAAAUGAUUUCCGACCUCAGCAUAAAACUGUAAGCCCUGGGGCAAACAGUGAAUUCACUUCUUGUCCAGUGGAUUUGGGAGCUCAACGACAAAAACAGUUCCAAAUAUCUGAAUUUCCUAACUUACCUGGACUCAAAGAAGCUGAAGUACCCCAGAAAACAUGCUUAUCAAAACCGCCUGGCUCUACAAUGAAAGGCCCUGACAGAGCCAGUGCACUGCAGGCAUUUAAACCAAGUUAUCAACAAAAUACAUUUAAGAAAACAGUGUCGGGAGAUGUUCCCAGAGAAAAUUCUCUGAAGGAAGGUACUUUGAAUCGGUUAAAGGAAAAAGAUAAUUCUUUAAGAAUUAUUUCUGCAGUUAUUGAAAGCAUGAAGUAUUGGCGAGCACAAGUGCAGAAAACUGUACUUCUUUUUGAAGUAUUGGCUGUCCUGGAUUCAGCUGUCACACCUGGCCCACAUUAUUCAAAGACUUUUCUAAUGAGAGAUGGAAAAAAUAUUCUUCCAUGUGUAUUUUAUGAAAUUGAUCGUGAACUUCCAAGACUGAUUAGAGGCCGAGUUCACAGGUGUGUUGGACACUACGACCCAGACAAGAACAUUUUCAAGUGUGUUUCUGUCAGACCAGCAUCUGCUUCUGAACAAAAGACUUUCCAAGCAUUUGUUACAAUUGUAGAUGCCGAGAUGAAGUAUCAUACUAAAGUAAUGAAUGAAAUGUAA